CCCUGAGGGGCCAACACAACCAACCCCGAGCCAGGAGUCCUGGAUUCUAGUGUUCUUGUGUAAGGUGAUGUGACCUUGGCGGAAGUCACAUCACCUUACUGAUGAUGUUACCCAGGAGAUAUGGCAGUGCUUUAUCCAUUAGAGCCCAUUGUGAAGGCUCGUGGAUGGUGGACUCAGUGUCUGGCCUCUGGUGGAGAAGGGCUAGACUAAGGCUGGGUCAAGAUGGCGUCUGUAUUCCGAAGUGAGGAGAUGUGUUUGUCACAACUGUUUCUCCAGGUGGAGGCUGCAUAUUGCUGUGUAGCUGAGCUUGGAGAGCUUGGAUUGGUUCAGUUCAAAGAUUUAAAUGUGAAUGAGAGCCGCUUCCAAAGGAAAUUUGUGAAUGAAGUCAGAAGGUGUGAAUCACUGGAAAGAAUUCUCCGUUUUCUAGAAGAUCAGAUGCAAAAUGAGAUUGAGAUUCAACUGCUGGAGAAGUCCCCGCCCACCCCUCUCCCUCGGGAAAUGAUCACCCUGGAGACCACUCUAGAAAAACUGGAAGGAGAAUUACAGGAAGCCAAUCAGAACUAUCAGGCUUUGAAGAAAAGCUUCCUAGAACUGACCGAACUCAAAUAUCUCCUGAAGAAAACCCAGGACUUCUUUGAGACGGAAACCAAUCUAGCUGAUGAUUUCUUUAUGGAAGACACUUCCGGUCUCCUGGAGUUAAGACCUACGCCUGCAUACAUGAGCGGAAAGCUGGGGUUCACAGCUGGUGUGAUCAACAGGGAGAGGAUGGCUUCCUUUGAGAGGCUGCUGUGGCGAGUUUGCCGGGGAAACAUCUACCUGAAGUUCACUGAGAUGGACACGAUUCUGGAAGAUCCGGUCACAAGAGAAGAUAUUAAAAAGAAUAUAUUCAUCAUAUUUUAUCAAGGAGAGCAGCUCAGGCAGAAGAUCAGGAAGAUCUGUGAUGGGUUUCGAGCCACCAUAUACCCCUGUCCAGAGCCGGCGGCGGAGCGCAGAGAGAUGCUGGCAGGUGUCAACAUGAGGCUGGAAGAUUUAGUCACCGUCAUCACGCAAACAGAGUCUCACCGUCAGCGCCUCCUGCAAGAAGCAGCCGCCAGCUGGCACUCCUGGGUCAUCAAAGUGCAGAAGGUGAAGGCCGUCUACCACAUCCUGAACAUGUGCAACAUUGACGUCACCCAGCAGUGUGUCAUCGCUGAGAUCUGGUUCCCUGUGGCAGAUGCCCUGCGCAUCAAGAAGGCGCUGGAGCAAGGCAUGGAACUGAGUGGCUCCUCCAUGGUCCCCAUCAUGACAGCAGUGCAGUCUAAAACAGCUCCUCCCACAUUUAACAGGACCAAUAAAUUCACAGCUGGCUUCCAGAAUAUUGUCGAUGCGUAUGGCGUCGGCUGUUACCGGGAGAUGAACCCAGCUCCCUAUACCAUCAUCACUUUCCCCUUCCUGUUCGCCGUGAUGUUUGGAGACUGUGGUCAUGGAAUCGUGAUGCUGCUGGCAGCCCUUUGGAUGGUCCUUAAUGAGAGACGCUUGCUCUCCCAGAAGACGAAGAACGAGAUCUGGAACACCUUCUUCCACGGACGCUAUCUCAUCCUCCUCAUGGGCAUCUUCUCCAUCUACACGGGCUUGAUCUACAACGACUGCUUCUCCAAGUCUCUCAGCAUCUUCGGCUCCUCUUGGAGCGUCCAGCCCAUGUUCAGAAAUGGCACAUGGAAUAUGAAGGUAGUGGGAACAAACCCGUAUUUACAGCUGGACCCAGCCAUUCCGGGAGUGUACUCUGGAAAUCCAUACCCUUUUGGGAUUGAUCCGAUUUGGAACCUGGCUUCAAACAAAUUGACAUUUUUGAACUCCUAUAAGAUGAAGAUGUCGGUGAUCCUGGGAAUUGUCCAGAUGGUUUUUGGCGUUAUUCUCAGCCUUUUCAAUCACAUAUUCUUCAGAAACACUCUCAACAUCAUUCUGCAAUUCAUCCCUGAGAUGAUUUUUAUCCUGUGUCUGUUUGGAUACCUGGUUUUCAUGAUUAUUUUCAAAUGGUGCUACUUUGACGUCUCCAUGUCCCGGCGGGCGCCGAGCAUCCUCAUCCACUUCAUCAACAUGUUCCUGUUUAACUACGACUCUUCGAACACACCCUUGUACGAACAUCAGCAAGAAGUCCAAAGUUUCUUUGUUAUUAUGGCUUUGAUUUCUGUGCCAUGGAUGCUUCUGAUUAAGCCAUUUAUUCUUAGAGCAAAUCAUCGGAAAUCCCAGCUGCAGGCAACCAUGAUCCAAGACAAUGCCACUGAGGACUUUGAAGGUGGCCACGCUGGUCCGCCCACGAGCUCUGGUCAGCGGGCUUCUGCAGGUGCCCAUGGGGCUCAGGAUGACCAUGAAGAAGAGUUCAACUUUGGAGACGUCUUUGUGCAUCAGGCCAUCCACACGAUCGAGUACUGCCUGGGCUGCAUUUCAAACACGGCGUCCUACCUCCGGCUCUGGGCCCUCAGCCUGGCGCAUGCACAACUGUCCGAGGUGCUCUGGACCAUGGUGAUGAACAUCGGCCUCUGCGUGCGAGGCUGGGGAGGACUUGCUGGGGUCUUUGUCAUUUUUGCUGUGUUUGCUGUCCUGACAGUAGCCAUCCUUCUGAUCAUGGAGGGCCUCUCCGCUUUCCUGCACGCCCUGCGGCUGCACUGGGUGGAGUUCCAGAACAAGUUCUACGUCGGGGCUGGUUACAAGUUUUCUCCAUUCUCCUUUAAACAAAUCCUGGAGGGGACAGGCGAGGAGUAGCUGCCAGCUCGGCGGCUGCGGCCGCCUCCUCCUCCGAGCACCUCCUGCACCAGCCUCUGCGCCAGUGAAAGGGGUUUGGUCUCGUCUUUAACGUCAGCCCGCGCACGCCGUCAAUGGGAUGAUUGUUCUCGGCUAACCGGAGGCAGGAAGCCAUGUAUAAUUUAUCUCUCAGCCGUGGGAUUUGAUAUGACUUAACCAUGUCAUAGAGGAACCAUGUAGGCAAGUCAUGUCAACCUCACGGGGGGCCUUCAUUGUUGAACACUGAAAUGAUUGAGAAAUGGGGAGGGCGGAGAGCUGAACUGCUGGUUUUUUGCAAUAUUUUAAGUAUUAUAUGUAAGAAAAUAAACUCCUGGGCCAUUCA